GCCGAUGUGAUGGGACCAAGCAAGCCAACCAUGUCUGAUGCUACAUUUGCAUUCACUACGCAGCUGUACAGGAAUGAAGCAAAGGCUUUACAAACACAGCUCCAGUUUAAUAGAAAUGUCCCUGCAGUUCCAGAGAACUUGGCUCUCAGAUUCUCUAACCCCCGUCCAAUUAUAAUAGAAAAACUGAAGGCAUCCAAUGAUCAGAGAAAUCUAGCUGGAAGUGAGGACCCCAGCAUAAGAAGCUCUGUCAUGUUUUCAGUGAUAUCUGAAGAGAGACUAAAAUUGGCUAUUCAGCUAGCCAAAAGGGACAUAAAACGAAGACAUCUUGAAGAGCACGUGAAACAGCAAGUGUUUGGAGAUGCUGUCAAUAAACCAUUGUUAGCCCAGAAGUCACAACAGCAGAAGACUGAAGUAUUUGAAAGUCCAGAAAAUAAAAAUGCAGUGAAGUCUCAAACUCACUUGAAAUAUCAGCAGAAACUUGGUCAACCUUCCAAAGUGGAGACUACCAUCUCUGGCGCUAAAGUUUAUCUCUACACACCAAAUGAGAGAAAACUAAUACCAGCUGUUUUGGACUCUCCACCCACCCAUGACACAGGACCGGACCCCAAGCCAAAUGUAAACAAAAAAGAAGAUAAAAAUAUGCAGGAAGUCCGACGGCUGCAAAAGGAAUUGAGGAGCUACAUCCACAAAAUUGAAGAACUGACUAAAAAAGGGGGAGAGAGAGAAAUUUUAGAUCCUGAUAAAGAGCAACAAGUUUGCACUAGGAGACAGAAACAAGCUGCACGGUCAGCUCGGAUGCUGUAUGUGCUCCAGCAACAGGUAAAAGAAAUUCAGGAUGAUUUAGAGAAACUGAGUCCUCAUAAAAUCAAACAUACUAAAAAGUCUCGAGCAGUAUCCAGAUUGGCAGCAGCGCACAGAGGAGCUGUACGAGCCUUGCAGGCAUUUGCCAAUCAGUUUACAGAUCAAACAGAGCAGCAGAUUCCUACCCACUACAAGGAACUGGGCAGUCUCAUUCGACAACUGUCCCUCUGUUCUGCCAAACUAGAAGUGGAUUCUUCCAUUUCUGACGUUAUCAUAGAUAUUUUGCUGCAAGUUGAGGAUCUGGAUUCACUGCUGGAAAAGAAACAAACACCAAAAAAAGUGAAGAAAUGUAUUUCAGCAUCUCAGGGCAAAUCUCCAAGGAACACAGAGACAUUUCCAGCCAGAAAGCAGCUUACAUCUCCAAAAGGAGAAAACAAAUCUCUCAGCUUAAAGGGACAGCACAGACAAGAACCUAGAAAACCUCCAGCUGCCAGGAGUCUCUUGACUGAUAAACAUUGACAUGUUGCAAAUAUUUCAGCAGUUCAGAAGGCAAACAGUUGCGCUCAUAUAUUGCACAAUAAAUUCCAAGAAAAUGACCCACGUACUCCAGAGAGAACUGCCACUUUGCAAGGAAACAUAGACGCAUUGGUGAGAGCUAGAGCUGUAAAAAAAGAUCCCAUCCUUGAAAGUGGCCCUUUGAAGAAGAAAGGUGUGUUAUUACCCGCAAAAUCACAGCCUCAAGGAAAGCAUGCACGAUUUCAGGAGACAACUAUAGCUUUCCAGCUAAAAGAGAACAAACGACUUGUUAAGGAGAGCAGAAUACCCUGCGUGCCUCCAAACCCUACAUCUCCACCUGUUUCACCUAAGCGACUAGCAUGGCUUGAAGGAGAAACUUCAAGAAGAGUGAAGGUUCUAACUGACCUUAGCAGAGGAGAAAUGAAAAAAAUACAAAAGUUAAGGUCACAAAGUGCUUCUCCAACCCAGUGUGCAGACAAAGUUGAGAAGGCAGUACGGGAGCGCUUAGAACCUCUAUUAGAUAGGACACAGAAGAUCAAUCUCUCCUUGGAAACAAAUGGUCAUUUGAAGGAUUCUUCAUUUAUAAACCACCUUUUAACUCAUGCAGCUGAGAAGGUUGCAGCAAAUGCAGAUACUCUGAGUGAAAAGCUAUUGGAUGAUCUUUUGGAAGAUACUGCUCAGGAACUGUGGAGUAUGGAGCAGCAUGAGAGACUCCAGACCGAGGCUCUGCCUAUGGCUGACACUCAUAGUCUGGAGUCAAUGUUGCAAAGAAUGGAAGAAAUUGAAAGAUACCAGGAGGCUGUACGCAGGAGAUUCACCCAAAUUGUGUACAGUGAUUCGGAGUUCUGGGUCCAGGAAGACAAAAUGGAACAACAAAUUGCAUCGAUAGCUAAAAGACCUACAUCUCCUCAUCCAAUUCAGAUAACCAAAUCAAUCGGACACACAGAGCCAGAAAUUGACAUUUUAUUUGAAAAACUUUUUGAUGGCAAUGAUACUGAUGAAAACAAAGAAUCAGAGGAGAACUUGCGGACUGGAAAUGACAUUCUGCAGCCCUUGACUCAGAAUUCGCUACAGAAAGAGUGCUAUGUGUCUCUCUCUGUGCCAAAGCAUAUGCUCCAGAGCAUCUUGGAUUAUAACAGCAGAUACAAGCAUCACUUAAAGCUUAUUUCCCAUGAGGCGAUAGGCAGUUUCAAUCCAUGGCGGAUUGCUGAGAGUCUUGCAGAGCAACUAGCAGAAGAAGCCCUAUGUGAUGUGGCAGCAGAGCUGCAGGAUGUUUGUGAGGAUUAUGCAGAAGCUGUGUUCACGUCAGAGUUUUUGCAGCCAGCGCAGUAAAUGCUUUCAAAUCUGCCCCAUUAUCAAAUGCAACGUGAGCCUCAGUCUAACAGUCUUAUCAGAUGAUCUCAUUUUUCAUGUUUUCUUAAAAGU